CCGUUAUUUUGCAAACCUAUGGGGCUGGAAACGUGCCCACCAAUCGCGCGGAUCUUCUGGAGGUCUUCAAAAAGGGCCAUGAAGAGCAGGGUAUCAUCAUUGUGAACAUAACUCAGUGCUGGAGCGGUUCUGUGCAGGCCCUCUACGCCACUGGGGCUGUUCUCUCAAAGUACGGCGUCAUCUCCGGUUAUUUGGUGGGCUACCUGGGUACCUACCUCUCCGAGCCUGAGAUGAACAAAAAGGCCGCCACCUGGGCUAGUCAUCUCUUCCCCUUCCUCUUCUGCGCCGCGGCCGCGGCCAAUGAGGUGGAUGAGUUGGAUCAACUUUUCAAGGUCACAGGGACCUUUGAGUUUUUCGAUAACGAACACCAGACCCCGCUGCACAUUGCUGCUGCCCACAGCAACUUCGAGGCCUGCGAGUUUAUGCUGAAGAAUGGGGCCAAUGCGAACCAGCCGGACCGGCUGGGCUACACCCCACUGGUCUACGCUGUGCGCAACAAGAUGUCCACAGUGGAACUCAUUCGCCUCUUCCUCGGUCACAGCGCCAUUCUCAGCCCGAAUGCUAAGAGGAGCGCCCGC